GUGUUACACAGCAUACAGUGGUAGCACCAUGUCCCAUCACAUGUGCGGCUCCUUGCCCCGGCCUGGCCUGCCUCCUCCGCUGCUGCAUGUCCUCACUCAUCCCCUCUCCUCCUCCCCCUCCGCCGCCGCUCUGGGAUCUGGGCCCGCUGUAUGAUGGGUGCGGAUGCCGUGCAGUCCGGGACGCUGCUCACUGCGGGAUCCCAGCUCGGAGGCCUGCGGCUGCUGUUCUGCGGUCUGGCCGUGAUCUGCAGCCUCUCAGGCCCCGGCCACAGCUACUCCAUACCCCUGCAGCGGCCGCAGGACUGCUCGGUGCAGGAGUACUACGAUGCCGGCAACCUGUCCUGUGUGCAGUGCCCGGAGACCCAGAGGCCCAGCCGGGAGGGUAUUUCAUGUGAGUGUCUCCCGGGAUUUAAAUAUAUUUCUAGGAACGGGCCUAUUGUCAGUUGCCAGAAAUGUCCUGACACCAUGGGUGUUACCACGGAUGGGUGGAAUUGCAUUAAAUGUCCCACUGGUUUGUCUUCGGCUGGUAACUGUCAGUGCUCUUUAGGAAACAUUUUAGUGGAACGGGGUGUGAACGGCAGCUUGCUGCAUGAAGCUGAGUGUAUCCCCUGCGAUGGGUCUGAGCCGUCGUUUACAGCUGCAGAUGCAUCAGGAAUGCGGUGUGAGAGAUGCCAUCAGACAGUUAUCAGUAAGAACAACUCCUGCAACUGUUACCAACCAAAUAUUGUGGCUGACGGUAUGUGCUUCAGCGGAGCUAGUCACAUCCUGUCCAGAGUUCUGCCAACUGUCCGCUAUGGGCAACUGGGCAUUUUGUUACGGUCAGAGUGGUUUUCCAUUCAUUUGCAGGCGUCUGCUGCAGCUUGUUUGCUGAGCUCCAAUCAAACAGCGUGCCAGGCGCUGGGGAACAUGUGCGUAAUGAACAUGCAUUCUACAAGUCCUCAGAGUGCCGAUGCCUGUGGUCUGUUCCGUUACAUAUUCCAGAAUACAGCUGCACUGGGGAUGGUGCAUUCCAUCUCCUUCUGGAGGCCAAAUAUCCCCUGGUUGUAUUAUGACGACCAGCCAGGCUUAGCAUCGCGGGUCCUUACAGCUUCUCCAUUCCCUAUAAGCUUCAGCUUUAAGUCCAGCGACCAGAUGCAGAACACAGAGCUGACAUUCGUAGCAGCUCUGUACGAUGUGAGAGGAAAGUUCAUUGGAUGGAAGUCUGUGGGUGGAGGCCUGUUGCAGCUUUGCCCUGACAUUGUCAAACGGCUGGAUGAUGCUUUCAAUUUUGGAACAACAUAUGAACAAAAUUGUGAAAUAUCUGUCUCCAAGAUCCUCCAAGACUUUCCUGAGCCUGUGUUCUAUGACGUGUAUCUGACUUACGCGGGCAGCGAUAGACAGCAGAACAUCUGGCCUGUGCCUGUCUUGAACCUAAACUUGCAGCACAAUGACCUAUUAGUUAAUAUAGAAAAUAACAUUAACAAUUGGCUGCUGACCCGUCGAAUAUUCUUGGUUGACACACUGAGUGGGCGAGAAAAUACUUUAAACAGCUUACCUCGUGUAAUUCGAGUCGCCAGUAAAAUUGCAAUAAGUAUCAGCCUUGUACCUGGCACACAUAGAGGAACAAUCUACCCUCCUUUGAUGACUGUUGGAUACACAGACAUACAAGUACAAAAUCCAGAGAGCCAGACUGUAAAGGUUUCCUUUUCAGUACAGUAUGAAAUGGAUCAGUCAGACUCACUCAUCCAGACAGAUGUGGCGUUGGGUGUGCUUGGCGGGCUGGCCGUGCUGUGGUCACUUCUCAAAACUGCAGCCUGGAAAAGGAGGAUUGGAAGCCAAGUCAUUGACUUGCAGACAGUGAUUCAGUUUUUGAUUUUAUACGCUGGGGUCUUGGCCAAUGUGUUUGUCGCCGUGACGGUCGGCAUUGGGCUGUAUUGGCUCCUCUUGUUCAAAGGCCAGCUAUAUGUUUCUGUCCUGCUGCCGCUACCUAAUGAUGAAAAACAUUUUAUAACUUAUGUAUCCUGUGCUUUUAUCCUAAAGGCUCUUCAGUUCCUGCACACACUCAUCUCGCAACUUAACAUCGAUAUUUUCUUCAUUGACUGGGAGAGACCCAAAAAUAGACCCAUAAAAUCUGAAGGGGGUAUAAAGACUGACCCCGCACCUGUGAGUAUCUGGAGAACGUAUUUUAUAGCAAAUGAGUGGAACAAGAUCCAGACUCUGCGCAAAAUCAAUCCCCUCUUUCAGGUUCUCGUUGUCCUCUUCUUUCUGGAGAUCGUUGGUUUUGAAAACUUGGCGUUACGGGAUUCAUCCUCCAGCCUCUCCAGAGACGCCCAGGGUUACGUAGCUCCAUGGAGCCGCAUUCUGCGGUACGGUGUGGCCUUCGCAUUGUGGAUCGCCAUCGGAGGAUUACAGAUUCUCUUUUUCUCCGGAAUUUAUGAAAGAUUUGUGGAAGACAAAAUCCGACAGUUUGUGGAUUUAUGUUCCAUGAGUAAUAUCUCCGUCUUCAUGUUGUCACACCGAUGCUCUGGAUACUACAUCCAUGGCCGCUCAGUCCAUGGACACUCCGACACCAACAUGGAGGAGAUGAAUCUGAAUCUAAAGAGAGAAGCGGAGAAUAUGUGCAGCCAGCGAGGGCUACAACCAAACACGGACAUUCAGACUUUCCAGGUUUCCAUCUCCACCCGCACCAGGGUACAGUUUGACCGGAUUCAUGAUAAUUUAGCUAAGAACCAUGGACCGUCUCGGCUUAUACAGAGCACAUCAAGCAUGUCAGAGCAGAGCACAAAGGCCUACCACACCAUGAACAAAUUCCUUUGUUCCUUCAUUGAUCAUGCUUUUAAAGACAUGGAUUACUUUGUGAAAGAUAAGCUGCUUUUGGAACGAAUGCUCAACAUGGAAUUUAUGGAGCCCAUGGACAGAAGUAUCUUCUAUAAUGAUGAACAUCAUUCUUUCAGCGACGUUCUGUUCUAUGGUCAUGAAUCAACGCUCCUCAUCUUCGACACUCUGUGUUUCUGUACUGUGGAUCUCAUGUCUCAAAGCUUUGUUCUGGCUGCUACCAUCACCUACCUGCAACACGAGUGUUUCCGACUUAUCCGUGCUGCUGUGGGGAAGAGGAACUUGGCGUCCAAAACUCUUAUAGAUGAAAGAUUCCUGCUUUAAUGCUGGGCAGCAGCUGUGUACCAAAUGACUAUGGACCACUGAUGCAAAUGUUACUUUUGUACUGUACAGAGCAAAAAUAUUUUUGAGCUUCCA